AUGGAAACUCUGCCGCCUCUGCUCUUGCCACUGCUGCUCCUCAUCAGAGCCACAGCUGGCACCGACCUGCAGCAGGACAGCCUGGAGGAGCUGCAGCACUUCAAGCAGUGCGUGCGUGGCUCGGAGCGCGGCAAGCUGAGCGAAUGCCUGGGCCGCUCCGCUCUCAACUUCAUACAGCGCUUCGAGGAGCGGGACAAUGUGACCUUUGUGGCCGACCUUGUGGCCGUCAAGCAGGAGACGGCCGCCAGUCGCUCGCUGGUGAAUGUGCUGGACACAGAUCCGGUGGACUUUCGCGGCAUUCUGGAGAAUGCGGGCGCUGUGAUGGGACAGCGCAGCCUGGAGUGGCACAUGGAUGGCAUCUAUCCCGGCCUAAUGUUCAAAAUCGGACCCACCGCCGAUGCGAACAGUGUGGCGGAGUUUGUGCUGGACCCUGAUGCGCUCGACCAGCGGCAGUUUGGCUUUGAGGAGGCCAGCACAGGUCGCGUGCUGGCCAAGCAGUAUCUGGUGCCCUUUCUGCUCGGUCUGAAGUUCAAUUUGGUGGCCCUGGUGCCGCUGCUCUUCGCUGGCAUUUGCCUGCUGCUGAAGAAGUCCCUCUUCCUGGCCAAGCUGGCGAUCUACGUGAGCAGCUUCCUGGGCCUCGGCGGCGUGCUGGGCACGCUGGGCGGCAUUGGUGGCCUGGGUGGCCUUGGAGGCGGGGCCGCCGCCUUCGGCUAUGGCGGUGGCUUCGGCGGACCACGCCCCAUUGGCCAUUUCCCGGGCAAAACAACAGUUUACAGUCACAACGAUGAGCUGCACCAUCAAUCCUACAAUGUGCGUGAGCCGCAGCCCUAUAAACGCAGCGACCGCAAGGUGCGCUUCGAGCAGCCCCGGGAACAGCCAGCAGCGGCUGCUAUCACCAAGCGACCCACCGAGGAUCGUUUCUACGACUAUGAGAAGCAGCACAGGGUAAAGAAUCCGCUGGAGGACAGCAUUGGCUCAGCGGAUGCGCUAGUGCGCAGCCUGCAGGGCAGCUCUGGCUCCAGCCAGAUGAAUGGCUGGCAGGCGUGGCACUGCCUGGCCGAGCAGGCGGAACGACUGCUGGAUGCAGUCCGGCAGGAUAACAGCACCUGGCAGCUGAACGAGUAUCUCAGCAUCGAGCCACAUCAGUCAAACACCAUGCAGAUGGAGCAGAGGGAGCAGCGGCGCGGCUCGCCAGGAUUGCCGGGCAAGCUGCUGGAGCUGGCGCAGGGCAGGGCGCUGCGCGUGAGGCUGCCACGGCAGCUGACCAUAUCGAAUGCCAUCGAUGACUUUGGCACUGCUCCGGGCUCGGAUCAAGGUCGCAAGAAGAAGGACAAAGAUAAGAACAUGGCCAUGAUGGGCGGCAUGAUAAUGCUGGCAACCUUCGCGCAAAUGUUCCUCGGCAAGGUCAUCAUCAUCGCUGGCGCUGCCUUCAUAAUGGCCAAAAUCGCUCUCGUCAUAUCGCUGCUGGGCAGUCUAAAAAAGGGAUCGGGUGGCAGCAGUAGUUCGCCGGAGCACGUGAUCGUGACGAGCGGGGGAGGAGGACACAGUCACGAGAGCGGCUGGCAUCGCAGCAUGCCCACGCACGACUACAGUGGCACCCAUCCGGCGGAGACGGCAGGAGACGAGCCGCAUUCGAGUCACGAUCAUCAGGCGUACUAUGCCUACGAGAUGGAGCAGCCGAGUCGACGACAAUUGACGCUAAGUAAGGAGGCGAAGCCAACAAGUGCCGCAGUGCGCAGACCUGGUUUUCUCUAG